AUGCCAGUAGGAAAAGUUGUGAUAUCUGCGGCUUCCGUCCUUCUAGUAGUGGGUGUUGCCAUAGGAGUUGUCACCUAUGUUAAUAAAGACGACGGUGGUGGUGGUGGUGGCAAGGAAGCUUCUCUAAACGCGCAUCAAAAAGCGGUUCAGACAAUUUGUCAAACAACCACAGACCAAGGCUCAUGCGCAAAAACUCUCGACCCUGUCAAGAGUGACGAUCCAAGCAAACUUAUCAAAGCCUUCUUGUUGGCUACAAAAGACGCAAUCACAAAAUCUUCAAACUUCACGGCUUCUACCGAAGGAGGCAUGGAAAAAAACAUGAACGCGACGACCAAAGCCGUUCUUGAUUACUGCAAGAGAGUGUUGACAUACGCUCUUGAGGAUCUUGAGACCAUUGUUGAAGAAAUGGGUGCCGAUCUUGAGCAGAGUGGAAGUAAGCUUGACCAGCUUAAACAAUGGUUAACAGGAGUGUUUAAUUACCAAACUGAUUGUCUUGAUGACAUUGAGGAAGUGGAGUUAAGGAAAAUCAUGGGUGAAGGAAUCUCCAACUCCAAAGUUUUGACUAGUAACGCUAUCGAUAUCUUUCAUUCUGUUGUCACGGCGAUGACCCAAAUGGGUGUCAAGGUUGAUGAUAUGAAGAACGUGAUGGGAGGACUUGGAGCUCCUGCACGUCGCCUUCUUGCAGACAUCGACCAAAAUGGACUACCUAAAUGGCUUUCUGGCAAAGACAGGAAGCUUAUGGCUAAGGCCGGACGCGGUGGCCCUCCAGCUGGGGAUGAUGGUAUUGGUGAAGGUGGCGGUGGUGGUGGUAAGAUCAAGGCGACUCAUGUGGUGGCUAAGGAUGGAAGUGGAAAGUUUAAGACGAUUUCUGAAGCGGUUAACGCUUGUCCGGAGAAAAACCCUGGACGUUGCAUUAUCCAUAUAAAGGCUGGUACCUACAAUGAAGUGGUCAGGAUCACUAAGAAGAGGAACAACAUUUUCAUGUUUGGUGAUGGUGCUACCAAAACCAUCAUUACUAAUAACAAAAGUGUUAAACUUACCCCUGGAACCACUACUUCACUCAGUGCCACCGUUCAGGUUGAAUCUGAGGGAUUCAUGGCGAAAUGGAUCGGGUUUAAGAACACUGCUGGUCCAUUAGGACACCAAGCGGUCGCACUCCGUGUGAACGGAGACCGUGCGGUCAUAUUCAACUGCAGAUUUGACGCUUACCAAGACACACUCUACGUCAACAACGGACGUCAGUUCUACAGGAACAUUGUUGUAUCCGGUACAGUCGAUUUCAUCUUCGGAAAAUCAGCAACAGUGAUCCAAAACUCUCUACUUCUCUUACGAAAAGGCAGCCCUGGACAGUCCAACUACGUUACAGCCGAUGGUAACGAGAAGGGUGCAGCGGUUAAGAUCGGUAUCGUUCUCCAGAACUGUCGUAUCAUGCCUGACAAGGACCUUAUAGGUGACAAAAAAGUCAAAUCGUAUCUAGGACGGCCGUGGAAGAAAUUUUCAACGGCUGUGAUUGUUGGAAGUGAGAUUAGUGAUUCGAUUCAACCAGAAGGAUGGACUGAGUGGCAAGGAGAACAAAACCACAAGACAGCUAAAUAUAUUGAGUUUAAUAACCGUGGACCAGGAGCGAAAACGAACGCGAGGCCUCCUUGGACUAAGGCGGCUAAGUCUGCAGCUGAGGUUGAAGGUUUCACCGCAGCUAACUGGUUAGGUCCGGCUAAUUGGAUUCAAGAAGCCAACGUACCUGUCCAGCUUGGAUUGUAA